AUGUUGAAGCUGAAGUGCCCCUCAUUGAUUUGCGGUCAGGGCUUCGCCUAUCGAGCUGUCCUCACCAAGCAUUUGAUUGAAUAUGUCCCAGCCCAAGACUCGUCAGGCAUGAUAUGUUAUUUCUUUUUCAAAGGCAACCAGGAGCAAAACAGUGCGGCAACGGAGCAUGCAAAAUGGUUUAUUGGGACCUCUGUCAAAAUGAUGACAGUGGGAGUGGCGAUCAGCCUUGUUCUGGGCAGCACACUGGGAUUAAAUGAGGCUGUGCAGGCGCUUGUUGACGAAAGCGAGAUAAAAAUCAAUGAAGAGGUGAUCUGGGUUGCAAGCUAUAUCGAGAUCACCAAGCCAAUCUUGCAGGUUGCUGCAUGGAACACGAAGUGGAGUUGA